UUCUUCCUCUUCCGGGGACGGUGUUUAGAGGCACUCAGAAUGGUUCAGCGUUUGACAUACCGUCGUAGGCUUUCCUACAACACAGCCUCUAACAAAACCAGGCUGUCUCGAACCCCUGGUAAUAGAAUUGUUUAUCUUUAUACAAAGAAGGUUGGGAAAGCACCAAAAUCUGCAUGUGGUGUGUGCCCAGGCAGACUUAGAGGGGUUCGUGCUGUGAGGCCUAAAGUUCUUAUGAGAUUGUCUAAAACAAAAAAACAUGUCAGCAGGGCCUAUGGUGGUUCCAUGUGUGCUAAAUGUGUUCGUGACAGGAUCAAGCGUGCUUUCCUUAUUGAGGAACAGAAAAUCGUUGUGAAAGUGUUGAAGGCACAAGCACAGAGUCAGAAAGCUAAAUAAAAAAAAUGAAGCUUCUUUGAGUAAUAAAAAGUCAAAAGGCUUGU